AUGGCGGCGACAACGUUGAGCCGUCUUCCUGCUCUUCAUCCCUACUCUGCUGUGGCCGAACCACGCACUCUUGAUGGAACGCGAUGCUUCAAGUUUAUGCGUAAAAGCUGUCUGGAAUUUGUCAAAAGUCUUGUCAACGACGAGAAAGGGGAAAAGCUUAUCUCCUCUCUUGCCGUCUUCGUGGGACAUCUCGUCGGAUGCGAUGCGGACGAAGCGCUCUUCAAGGUCCGGUUCGGCGACGGGCAGACACGCAUUACUUCUGCGGGUGCAGUCCACGCACAAGUCGUGGACGUCGAGGCUUCAUCGCUGCCAGGUAUCGCAUUCCGCUUUUUCCCACCUCAGCCAACUUUGCCAAAGACUUUGGACGACGACCUGGUCGUCACGGUCAAUAGCAACUCGGACAAGGAUGUUGAAUUCGUACUUGAAUUCGCCCAGACGGUGCCAAGUGAGGCAGGCCAGGGCAUUUUUGCCUACUUUUGCAAGCAAGUUCUCGAGUCGACCCUGACCGAAGAUGAGACACCCUUGUCGAUUCUCAACCCGAGUCCUGUUUCUAAGCUGCCGGAACAUGCUCAGCUCCACGACUCUUUCCUGGACCAAGCUGAAAAAUUUCCCGAUCGCAUGGCAGUGCAAUUCCUCGAAAGGCUCGACCAAGAGGAUAUGGGUCAAUUUAGCAAGCUGACGUAUGAUGAACUGAAGCGCCUUGCCACAUCUCUAGCUGUCAAGCUUCAGGCAACGCAUGCCAAAACCUCAAAGCCGCAGAAUCGGCAGGUGGUAGUGCCUAUGCUCCUGUGCCCCUCGCUCGAGCUCUACGUCUCUUAUCUCGCCAUUCUGAUGGCAGGAUUUGCUUUUUGUCCUUUGCCGGUCGACGCCCCAGACGCGAGGCUCAUCUCCUUGCUUGCCCAGCUUGACACGACUAUCCUACUGGGUGCAAACAGCUCACAACCGCCACAAUGGAUGCCAGCGUCCGUCGAGUGGAUCAAUGUGACUGACACUUUGGCGGAGACAGAUCAAUUUGCAAAGCAUCUAACCCCUGCGAAACGGAUGCAAGAGUGCGCGUACGUCCUUUUCACCAGUGGAACAACCGGCACACCCAAAGGAGUGCAAAUCUCACACUACUCUGCAAGCAUUUCCAUCUUCUCGCAUGCAGCCUGUCUCGAUCCAUCUCUCUUACAGCUUUCGUCCAAUACUCCUGGCUCCACCUUCAAGUGGUUCCAGUUUGCUUCUACGGUCUUCGACCCUUCAGUCAUGGAGAUCUUUGUCACACUUUCGUCGGGCGGCACACUCUGUUCUGCAAAUCGAGCUUUGACGCUAUCAGACCUGGAGAAGGUGGUGCGUCUAAGUGGAGCUGACAUCAUGAUGGCGACGCCAAGUGUAGCUACUCUCCUCAAUCCCGAACGAAUUCCGAAGCUCAAGUUCUUGUGGACCAUGGGCGAGUGUCUAAACUCUACAGUAAUUCGACGAUUCGCUGCCGAGAAUGGGCGUACCACGCUUGCCAACGCUUAUGGACCUACUGAAGCCAGCGUCAACUGCACGCUUCUGCAGCCAUUCCCAGCCGAUUUUCGAGGAUCCAUCAUUGGAGCUCCGCUGCCUUCCUGCUCGCUAGCCGUGCUACACGAUGGUGGCGACUCGCCAAGUGGAGAAAAGCGUUUCCAGGCAGCUCCGAGGGGUGUGACUGGUGAGCUCGUCAUUGGUGGCUCACACGUAGGAAUCGGUUAUCUCGACAUGCCCGAAGCAACGGCCGAUGCAUUCACAACUUUUGCCCCGCUUGGCCGUGUCUACCGGACCAGAGACCGUGCCAGAGUUGUAUGGGACCGUGAUGGAAAUCCGUUAAUCGAGAUCUUGGGUCGCAUGAACGCGGAACAAGUCAAACUGAGCGGCAGAAGGGUCGAGCUCGGAGAGAUUGACUCUAUUUUGCAGUCGAGCCAUACGAUUCAAAAUGCCGCCAGCGUCAUUUGGCGUCCUCCUACCUCACAGUUACAGUCUGGUGGAGGUGAGCGACUUGUCUGCUGCAUUGUGCUUGCUCCUUCCGCACAGCCUCAGGACGCAGAAGCUGAUUGCAAAAUUAUUGCCGAUGCUCAGCUUCCGCCCCACAUGCGCCCAUGGAGAUACAUUGUGCUGCCAGGCCUCCCUGUCACCGUAUCAGGCAAGUCAGAUCGAAAGCAACUUAGCAAGAUCGUGGCCGAGCUCUUGUCUUCCUCAGCGGAACAGGGCAGCACAAAAGAACGAAGCAGCGAGCAAAACCAAGUCAAUGCCAACGAAGACCCGGUAACACAAGCUCUUAUCGAAGCCAUUUGUGCUGUGUGCCAACUCGACGCAAAGUCUGUUUCCAUGGAUGGCGAUCUGUUCGAGCUCGGGAUGGACAGUCUCUCGGCAAUGCGCCUUCUUCAGCUGCUCAGACAAAGCAAGGUCACUGCCACCGCAGCGCGACAGCUCCAAGUAGCACAAAUCCUUGGGGCAAAAGCUUGCAGAGAUCUUAUCCCAUUGCUUUCUGACACCACUGUGUCCAGGGAUGCUGAGGAAAAUAAUGUUAGCUACCCCAACAACACAGACUGGUCCACAGAGCUCCGAUCGUUCGAGGAUCGAUGCCGCAGGAGCGCUCUUUUGGGUCUAGACGAGCGAACAAGAAUGCGAGUUCAGAAAAUUUUCCCUACUACAGCGACCCAAUCGGGUAUGCUGACGAGCUUUCUCACUCGACCUGCUUCGAUAGGCUCUAAGCGGUCGUACAUCAACCACACUGUCUACCAUUUCUCUUCCGUCUCGGAAGCCUGCAAGUUCUUCGAUGCUUUUCGAACGGUUCUACAAAAACACGACAUCUACCGAACUGUUUUUGUUCCUGUCGACGAUAAGCUCGCUCCGUUCGCACAGUGCGUGUUGUCUCCAGCAUCUGAUGAUGACAACGUGAGCGCGCAUACUUCAUCAACGGCAAUCGACGCGUGCUUGAAACAGCAUCUGGAGCAAAUAGACAAUGCAAUUAGUCUCGAACAGCCUCCCUGGCAUCUGGGUCUCUUGGCGCCCCCUCAAGAGGAUGAAGUCGAACAAAGCGUUGUUGUUUUAAGCUUGAUGCACGCCAUUUUUGACGGCGGAAGUCUUGACCUCCUUCAGCAAGAAGUAGUCUCGUUGCUCCGCGAUGACGCUCUUCAAACUUCUCUGGAGGUUCGUUGCACAGAGCUCGAGGCUACAGUUCAGCAUCACUUUACCAGCGAUCUCGAGUCAUCCCGAAGGUUCUGGCACCAACGUCUGGAAGGUGUCAGCAGGACGCGAUUCCCGUGCGCGAACGGAUACAAGGCGACGGAACAGUCUGCUCUGGGACACGCAAGCGAAGUGACCGAACUGUACUCACGAUCUUCCAUGGACGAGAUUGUCAAGCAGGCACGAUGCCAGCGGACCAGCGCAUUAGUACUUCUGCAAACAGCGUGGAAUCUUGUCCUUGCUGCGUAUACGGAAGACGAGAGUCUCAAUUACAUCACAAGCGGCAGCGUGCAUUCUGGCCGUCUCGAUGAACAGACACAAUCCUGUAUGGCCCCAACGUUCAACGUUAUCCCGUUCAUCACCCGUCUUGACCAGGGAACGGGCAAUUCUGCGACUUUGACAUCUGCGCAGCUGCUUGCUGAAGCCACACAGGCGAGCACAGCCGGGUUGUCGCAUCUGGAGAUCCCGCUCGGUGCGCUAGCACGAUCUGGAGGCAUGCCUUUUGACACGUUAUUCGCAGUGCAGCGCUUCGAUGCUCAAACUUGUUCAAAUGCUACCCUACCGUGGGCCUCGAUCUCGUAUCCGGUCAUGGCGAACGACUUCGCUGUCAUGGUGGAAGUGUGGCCCGGAUCCAAAGCCACCGAAAAAAUGCGAUUGCGAUUGACGUAUUCACUGGCCGUCUUGGACGCUCCCUCUGCUCAAUUGCUGUUGCAGCAGUACGAAGACAUCCUUCACAGCCUCAUGCGCGAGCCGGAAACCACUACUGUUCAGCAAUUGAUCAAUGGGGAAGGAUUGCGACAGUCUGCGCUUUCCGUCUGCAGAGGUCCGCUUGCCAGCGAAAACGAUGAUUCUCAAACUGAGGCGCAAUUGCUCCAUUCCUACUUCGAAAAUAAGGCUGCCACCGAGCCAGAAGCCAUUGCUCUCGAAUUCUACUUCAACCAAGACUCGGAUACAGAUGGAUCUAUGGAAGUGCAGCGCUGGACGUACUUCGAGUUGAAUGCACAAGCGAAUCGUUUGGCACGCUACCUCCUAUCUGUGACAGGCAAACCGACUCUGCGCGACCUUCCAAUUCCAAUCUGCAUGGAGAGAUGUCCUGAGCUUUACGUCGGCGUGCUCGCUACUCUCAAGGCAGGCGGAGCAUGGUGUCCCAUCGACGUGCAGUCGCCUCGAGCUAGACAGCUGGAACUCAUUGCCAGGACAAAAAGCCGUGUUGUCUUGGUCACUCCCAACACGUCUGCCGAUCUUGGCGAGGUUCAAGCAGACGGCCAACCUUUAACCAUCAAGGUGAAUGCCUGCGACACGAGCCAAUUCCACCACUUGUCAGCGGACAAUCUGAGGCCAACGGCAACCCCAGCUACUCUGGCAUAUCUGAUUUGGACUAGUGGAACCACCGGAGCACCCAAGGGAGUUAUGAUCGAACAUGCUUCUGCGGUGGCAAGUAUGCAAGCUCUUCAGCAGCAUGUAAAGCCUCUCCAGCAGGAUAUGCCACCUCGUUGCCUGCAGUUCUCGGCGUACACAUUCGACGUUUUCGUACAGGAUCUCUUUUGGACGUGGGGCUUAGGUGGAGCUAUCAUAGCAGCGACCCGUGAAAUCAUGCUCGGGUCCACGGCAGAGCUUAUCGCGGCAUCGCAGACAAGUCAUGCCCACCUGACGCCUGCUUUUGCAGCAGGUCUGCGUCGAGACUCUUGUCCCAGCAUCACAUCGGUCACCUUCAUUGGUGAAAAGUUGACCGAGUCCGUUGCAGCUGACUGGACCAGUAGUUGUGCAAGCAUCGACAAGCCAAACGAUUCAAUUGCUGUGUACAACACGUAUGGUCCCGCGGAGGUAACCGUGGUUGCGACUCUGCGGCAGCUCUUCGGCGGCGAGAAACUGCAAAGCGCCAAUGUGGGCGUGCCGAUGCAAGGCGUUACCGCCAUUGUCUGCAAGAAUCGAGAACAGCCGAUACGACCAUGUGCCAAAGGAAGCAUCGGCGAGCUAGUGCUGGCCGGUGCUCAGGUAGGCCGUGGCUAUCUCAACGACAAGGCCAAGACUGAGGCAGCCUUCACCUACUCACCAGAAUGGAAGCAACGGCUCUACUAUACGGGGGACUAUGUCCGAAUGCUUCACGAUGGCAGCAUCGAGUUCAUUGGACGACGUGACGACCUCGUCAAACUUGGAGGUAUCCGUGUCGAAUUGAGCGAGAUCUCGGCAGCGCUUCUCUCUGUGCAGGAGCGAAGAAAGCAAGCCGCAGUGGUAGAGCGAGUUGAGACAAUGAUGCUGAGCCGACUUGAUCGACCCACGAAGCAAGUCAUCAGCUUCCUCGCUUGUCCAUACCUCGCUGCUUCGACCGAUCGAGGAGUACAUGGCGCCAUAUCAGAGCCGCUCUUGUUGACCAGCGGAGAUGCUAUCCAACUGGCACACCAGACGCUGAACAAUGUUCGUGAUGUUCUGCCUCCAUACAUGGUGCCAUCCAUGGUCCUAGUGCUGUCGCGUAUUCCUCAGACGGCUUCCGCCAAAAUCGACCGUGCCAAGCUGCAAGCAGCGUACGAUUCUGCAGAUCUUGCACAGUGGGUAUCUUUGUUAUCCACCACAGCCGAUGAUCCAGACAACCCGGAAGGAGAAGAUGGCGAUCUGCAGUGUCAAGUGAUUGCAGCGAUUAGCGAAAUCACCGGAACCUCAACGCAGGACAUCAACAGUUCGAGUUCGCUCGUUAGCAUUGGAUUGGACUCGAUCAGAGCGAUCCGGCUAGCUGCUAAGCUCAAGCAGAACGGAACACCAUUGCCGAUAUCGACUCUUCUCGCUUGCUCGACAGUGCGCAUGCUCAUUCGCGGGCUCGCAACGAAAACCGGUGACGGUCACGAAGUUGCAGAAGAGGAUACUAGGAAUCGACUCCUUGCCGUCAAGCUUAGUGAGUUCGAUAAAAACGUCCGCGAGAUGCUCCCGACUGGAUCAAAGCAAGACUUCGAGGUUUGCAUUCCGUGUAGCACAUUGCAAGAGGGCAUGUUGGCAGAGACUCUGGCAGACCCUGCGGCCUAUUGGUCGGAUCAUGUCCUCCAACUGGAUUCCCACAUUGACCUGGCUCGCCUGGCUGAGGCCUGGAGACGCGCGGCUCACAACAUCGAAAUGCUUCGAACAGUCUUUGCUGUCGUAUCGCAGACCGCAGGAUUGGAAGAAGUGCAGUUCGACAAAAAUACGGACGUUUUCGCGCUUCAGAUGGUGCACAAGUCUGUCGACAUUACCUUGAUCGACGUGUGUGACCCUAUCCGGGUCAAAUCCGAUGACCGCUUGCACCAAGCAGUAUCAAAGUGGACCCGAUCGGUGGCCCAAGAUCGUGCCGACAAUGUUUUCGCCACGCCGUUAUGGAAAGUCAAGACCUUUGUCGUUCAAGAUGACAGCAGUAGCGGUAACGACCAAGUUCCCCUCACUUACGCUGCUUUGUGCAUUCACCAUGCAUUGUACGAUGGUCCUUCGAUCGACAUCAUCUUGAACCGUGUUCGAGACGAGUACAGUGCUCUUAGUCCAGACAUGCUGGAUGACCAUCACAAUAUUCGCCUCCUGCCUACGACAUCGCUUUCGACUCAAUCUGAAUUCGCUUACGCAUGCGUAGCUGACGAGCAAAGGGAAAGCAUCCUUCACUGGGAGCAGAAACUGCAGCCCCGUGGACCAGCAGCGAUGCUUCCAGAUUUGACCAGCGUCAAGGACCUUCCCAGUGAUGCAAAGUCGGCUCGAUUCAUUGCCGCUUCCCGUAAACUGCAAUGUACAUCAGCUCGCCCUCAAGGCGUUGGCUUGUCAGCGCUGAUCAAGUCAGCCUUUGCAAUCGUGUUGGCACAGUAUGUCGAAGCCGAAGAUCAGCGACACGUUGUGUUGGGCGAGAUCUUGUCUUUGAGGAACCUGCAUGCCACUCUGUCUACCGAACAGGGCGCUGUUGGGCCUCUUCUAACGACGCAACCUUUCUCAUUGCUGCUUGAUGCUGCUCUGGAGCAGAAGUCAGCCGCGUCAUACCUUCAGAGCAAUGUCAUAGUGCAUCCUUCCAUGCAGCAUCGAUUCGCUUCUCUUGCCAGCCUUGCCAAAAUCAUGGGAACGAGGUCGGACCAGGAGAUGUUUACUGCCAUGUACGUCUAUCAUCCCAGGAGGCAGCCAGUAUCCGUGUCGACGAAGCCCAUUUGGACGCUAUUGGAAGACAGGUCCUCAGAGAUUCGCGUAGAGCAUAGUACCGUACUGAACGUGUUCGAGCACGACGAUGUCGAGGACAGUUUGAUCUUGGAAUUGUCCAUGAAGGAGGAUCGCAUAUCCAAAGAUAUGCUCGAAACAUUGCUCGAUCAGGUGGUCUCGCUUCUCACAUUGCUUCUCGAUGGUGCGGGCGAGACAUUGCAAGCGCUUCUUGGCAAGGUCGGUCAAGACCAACGGGAACUUGCGUCGGUCAGCCACGUACCUAGGGGCUCACGCCACGCAGGCGACGGGAGCGAAGUGGACCAAGGCCAUGAUCCUCUCUUCUGGCUUCAACACUAUGCCAAGAACCAUCCGUCGUGGCUUGCAGUAGUCAUCGCUGCUGGUACGCCAGAGACUGCCUGUAUCAACGAUGCCGAGCUGUCCUCUUGGACUUAUGCCCAGCUGAACGCCAAGGCCGACCAGGUUGCUCGACUUAUCAGAUCUCUCGACUUGCCCUCUGAAGGACCCAUCGCCCUUUGCAUGCAAAGAUCAUUGAUCUCAAUCGCUGUGACGGUCGCAAUCUUCAAAUGUGGACGCACCUAUCUUCCGAUCGAUGACCAGCUUCCGACGGAACGCAAGCGUCUCUUGAUCUCCGACAGUCGUUGUGCCUUGGUCGUCACCGAAGGGACUUGCCUCGGCGAACUGGAAGCGGACUGCAUAAGCUCUGUGCUCAAUGUCAGCAAAAACGAUUUCGAGCAGAGCCUCGCCGCUCUGAGCCACCGCGAUGACCACACGGAACUGACAUCCAUCAAACCAAGGGCGGAUGACGGAGCAUAUCUGCUGUACACCUCUGGCUCAACAGGCAAGCCAAAGGGUGUGCUAGUCGGACGAGCAAAUCUGUGCAGCUUUAUCGACUCAUACGCAGAGGUUGUGUCUGCCGAGUGCCCUUCCACGCUCCAGUUGGGUGGCAAAGGGCGCUAUCUGGGACUGGCCGGCAGAGCAUUUGACGUCCAUCUUUCACAGAUGUUUAUGUCAUGGCGUUUCGGUCUGGCACUUGCAACGGGUGAGCGACCGCUCCUUCUGGGCGAUCUCAAGGCAACCGUUCAAACAAUGUCGAUCACGCACAUGAGCUGUGUUCCCUCCCUCCUGGACCAGUGCGAUCUUGUACCGCAAGAAGUUCCCUCACUCGUCUUCCUAGGUGUGGGCGGUGAAAAGCUCACCGACCGUGUUCGGGACACGUUGGCCAGCUCGCUGACUGUCCUCAACGCCUAUGGACCGACAGAGACAACGAUCAUGUGCACAGUGAAUCGUGUCCAUCCACACAGCCAUGUGCGUGAUAUCGGACAGGUGCUUCCAGGUAACACGGCCGUUGUGAUCGACUUCGAUGACAAGAGUCGAUUCGCUCCUGUUAUACGCGGCCGAGCCGGAGAGCUAUGCAUUCGUGGUGACCUGGUUGCUUUGGGCUACCAUGCUCUCGACCCAUCGCAAAUGGCCACGAGUGGAUUUGUGACGACGCCGGACGGUACGAGAAUGUAUCGCACUGGCGAUGCAGCCAGAAUGAUGGCUGAUGGGAGCUUGCACUACCUUGGGCGACGAGAUGAACAGGAGAAGAUCCGUGGGCAGAGGCUUGAGCUCGGCGAGGUUUCUCGGUGCGCCAUUGCUGGAGCAGAUGAGAGCAUCCAAGCGACGACAUUGAUCUGUCAGCAUGAAAGCCUCGCAAAACCGCUCCUGAUUACGCUGAUUGCAACGAAGACAAGCAGCACCGGUGACCAAAGGCGUGACACGUUGCCACAAUUCCUCGCUCCUUCCACCGAAACCGGCAGAUUGGCCCAACACGUUCUUCAGUACUGCAAGCAACACCUGCCAAGCUACAUGGUGCCGGACUUGGUAGUCGGUGUAUCGCAUCUGACACAGCUGGCAGCUUCUGGAAAGACAGAUGUGCGCCGACUCAAAGCCUGGCUUGCGGCUGCCGACCCUACCCAGCUGUUCAGUUUCGAAGGCCGUGGCCAUGCAAACGCUCAAAGCGGCUCGGAAAGCAAUGUGAACCGCCCUCUGUCAAGCUUAGAGAGGGAGAUUGCGUCUGCUAUUCGCCGAAUGCUUCCAAAGUGCCCAGCCGAGAUCCGUCCGGACACUUCGAUCUUUGAUCUCGGUAUUGACAGUCUUAGUGUCAUUCGGCUAGCUGGCCAACUGCGCAAGGAAGGGUUGGCCAUCUCGAUUGGCCGACUUCGCAUGCACCCUCGAGUCCAGGAUAUCGCUGCGGAGCUUUCUGACUCCAAAGCACUUGAAGUUGACCUUUCGGUCGGGGUAAAGGCACUUGAGUCCUUCCAGGCUCGUCAUCAAGAUCAAGUCCAAGCAAGUCGUGUGGAGAAAGUGACAAAGGUGCUUCCGUGCCUGCCCUCGCAAGAAGGUAUGGUGGCCAUAUCUCUCAGCAGCAAGGACGAGCCUGUCUAUGUUGCACGCAUCGCGGUGCGCUUCAAUGAUAUUCAGCCUGAAGCAACUGCGUUUGCAGCAGUCUCGCUUCGACGCGCAUGGAGGCAACUCUCUGAACGACACAGCAUCUUGCGAACAUGCUUCGAUCAUGUGGACGACGUUACCAUCGCCCAAAUUGUUCUGGACGCUGUCGAUAUUCAGCGCCACAUUGUGACAACUAAAACACAGAACAGCACUGCUGCCAUCGCUCGUGCAAUUCUGCAAGAUAUCACUGUAAUUCCGCCCUGGCGCAUCGAAUUGGACGACGAAGCGGGUUCCGAACCGACAUUCGUGUUGCACAUGCAUCACGCACUGUAUGACGGACACUCCCUUCCCCUGCUACUGAACGAUCUAGCGCGGGUUAUACAAAGCAUUGACGACGAUGGUCCAGAGAGUCAUGAUCAGCAGCCAGGAGUACAAGAGAUGCUCGAGUCCAUUCUUUCCGUCUCGGAACAGAGAGCCGAAAGGUUCUGGCGCAACACUUUUGCCGACUUUCCCGUGAACGAUCCAAGCGUAUGGACCAGCAUAGCUUCCGUACAAGGACGAGCCCCGCUACGCUGCAAGGCGACAGUACAGCUCGCCCCUCUGGAAGCAGCUGCAAAGACGCUGCAAGUGACGCUUUCGUCCCUGGUUGCCUCUGCUCUGGGUAUUGCUUUGUGCCGCUCGCUGGAAACUACUGCAUUCACAGUCGGCUUCGUCCUAUGGGGCCGAUCACUGGAUCACGUGUCUGCAGAGAGCAUCGUUGCACCCUGCCUCACCACAGUGCCCAUGCCAUUCGCUCUCUGUGCUGAUCGAGGGUCACGACACGUUGGCGAAUUGAUUCGCGCCUGUCACGAUUGGAACAGCUCUUGUCUUGCUUUCCAGCACACCUCAAUGCGACAGAUACGUAGAUGGAUCGGGUCAGAAUGCCGCGGAUCUCUUGUGGAUCUUCUGUACAGCUUCGUGCAAGCUGGAGCUUCCAACAGCAGCGAGCUCGCCAGAACUUGGCAUUUGGAUAGCGUAGAGGCAGAGACGGACGCACCAGCAGCCGUCGAAGUCACCGCUGAUCGAGAUCGUGACGAGCUUCGCAUCUCGGCCAUGGCUAGGCAUCUUCUGCCACACGAUGGUCUCGAAGGGAUGACAGAGAACUUGCAAAUCCUGCUCAACAAGAUUGCCAACGGUACGGGUACAAACAUGGAUCUGAAAGCAGCCGGCAUUCCGACGAGCUCUGUCGCAUCGAAACUCGCACGAGAGCUACCUUCGCACUCGGCAGUAUCGCGCCCCUUGACCGCAGCAGAAGAGCAGAUUCGGGAUCUCGCUGUGACAAUGUGCGGUGUUCCUAAUACCGAAAUGCUUCAGCUAGACACUCCGUUCCUGCGCAUCGGGCUUGACUCGAUCGUAGCGCUUCGUUUCUCUGCAAGACUUAGGAGAGAGCACGGCCUACAGCUGAGUGCACACGAUGUACUUGCCGCCGGGACGAUCGCAGGGUUGUCUAAAUUGCUUGACCAACGGCAGGCAGAAGGGCGCAGUGAUGCUACUGUCUCAUCUUCACUGGAUUCUACUGCAGCGCGAUACAAGGCUACACCGUUGCAAGCAGGCAUGUUGAAUGGCACGCUUGCCUCUGCUUCCCACGAUCUUUACGUUCAUCAUCAUGCCGUGCUGUUCAAGCAGCCCCUGGAUCACGACAGACUUCAGCGGGCAUUGCAGCACGUGGUCGCAUCGCACGACAUUCUUCGCACGAGCUUCCAUCUUGAAGGCGAACCUAGCGAGACCAAGAACGCGGUCAAUUCGCUGUCGUGGUAUGCCCAGGUGACACCAUUCGAGUCGCUUCGAAGCGCUACAGAGAUCCGAGUCGUGAGGAGCGACAAAACAGCGUCUGCAGCUUUGAAGGAGUACGGCACAGACUUCAUUUUCGAUGGUCCAGAGAAAUUCAACGUAAGCCCGUGGUGUGCCGCGAUUUUGCACUGCACAUCCAGUCAAGAUGUUCUCGUCAUCUCUAUGCAUCAUAGCUUGUACGAUGGCGUGUCACUACCCAGCAUGUUUGCAGAUCUUCGAGCUUCGUAUCACGAUCUGACACACGAGCUGGUGCAGCGUCCGCCGUUCUCCAAAGCUGCCGACCUGAUUGCAUCUAGCGCCCACGAGUCGGAGCAGUAUUGGCUGAAGACAUUGAUCGAAUUCAAGCAGCCAAGCCUCCUCGUCAAGAAAUCCAGCCGAUCAUCAACGACUCCCUCGCUAUAUCGGCUUGACGAAAGGCGACUGUCCGUCUCACUUGCAACACUGAAACGCCUCAGUGCAGAGCUUGGAGCGACACCUCAGGCGAUUGCCAUGCUUAGCUGGUCAAAGGUGCUGGCUGUGGCUGCAGGACAGCGUGACGUGUGCUUCGGCCAGGUCGUAUCCGGACGCUAUUUGAACCUUCCCGGGAUCGAAGAUGUCAGUGGACCGUUGAUCAACACAGUGCCGAUCCGGAUCAAUCUCAUAGACGACCUAGCUUCAAAUGCUGUUACAGCACGUGACUUGCAAGAGCGUAUCGUGGCCGCCCAGCCAUUCCAGCAUGCGUCGCUUGGACGAAUCCAGAAUGCAUGGAGGCGGGAACAUGGAGCUCACAGCACUUUCUUCGACACCUUGUUCGUGUUCCACAACAUCGAAGGCAAGUCCAGUAGUGCAAGCAGCUCGAAGUCUGAGCUAUGGACAGCGUUGGAUCCAUCGGAGGGGCCGAUUCAAACUGAAUCCAGCACUUCGACGGUCGUGACCACGGCAGCAUCAGAGUAUCCGGUGAACAUUUCUGUGAUUCAAGACGAUGACGGAGUGCAGAUUAAAGCUGGAGCUAGCGACGCCGUGGGCGGUAUCGACUGGCUGCCAAAGACACUGCAGCUCUUUGAACAGGUAUUCUUGGACCUUCUCGAACGACCGCAUCGAUCAGUUGGCGCAUUUCCGGAGCGGUUAGCUGCGCUUCCACUUACAGUUGGCCGCGAUGGAACCGACAAAGAUACGAGCGCAUCGGUUGGAGUGGACGCUGGUCGUCGAAGCCUCAGUACCGCGGAACAAGACAUUGUUCUUCGGCACAUGGCGAAACGUUUGAAUGUUGACGCAGCUAUCAUCAAUUCGUGCCCUAACCUGUUUCUAUUGGGUAUCGAUUCGUUGCUUGCCAUUUGCAUCUCAGCUGAUGCUCGAAGCGAACAGGUACCCUUGACGCCAUUCGAUGUGCUGUCGGCCGGCACGUUUGCAAGACUGACAGUGGCUACCGAGACACGCAGUGAAGCUCCUCGGAUCGGUGUAGACGAUUCAACCGACACGGAGAGAGAGAUGCUGGUGGGCAAGGAAGCCGAGCAAGAGGCAAUCGAACUGCUCAAAGUUCCGUCUUGCGAAGUCGAGACGGUCUUGCCACUGUUGACAGGCCAGCAGCAGCACAUUGCACAAUGGUUGCAGCGUGGCAGAAGAUUCCUAGAGCCUACGUUCGUCUAUGCUUGCCCGUCCAAGCUUGACGUUUCCAAGCUCAAAUCUGCGUGGAACGAGCUGCGUCGACGCAACGCGGCGCUUCGGACGGCGUUCGUACGCCUGAAGGACAGAAGGACGUUGGUGCAGGUGGUGUUGGCCGAAAACAGUUUGGUCUGGCGGGACCAUGAACGUGGUCGACUUGGCGUGGUAGAUGGUAGCAACAACCUUGAUGCUGCUGCAUUCGAGGCGGUUCAAAGGCUCAACGCAUCACCGACCGAUCUGUUCAGGCCAUCAGCACGUUUGACACUUGUGCAGGGCAAGCAGAGUGACCUUGUUCUGGUAACGAUCCAUCAUACGAGCUACGAUGCAUGGAGCAUGCGCCUGAUGGCGGAUGAGCUCAUGCAGUUGUACCAUAACAUCGAUCAAGGCAAGCUCGAGUCGAUGCGUGCGCCAGUGAGCUUUGCUGAUUUCAUCGAUCAGACGCACCGCGAAGCUUUGCGCAACCGAGACGCGACUGCAAGCUUCUGGGAGACAAGACUGCGCGGUGCCUCGGCGACAUUGGUGUGCAGAGGGGCAACGCAGUCGUUGGAACAGACGAUGCAUGUCCGCAAACCGGCUCUGCAAGACGUGGACACGUUGGAGGCUGCAUGCCGUGCGCGUGGUUUCGGUCUGCAGGUGGUUGUCAUCCUGGCCUAUGCGCGUCUGCUCUCGUCCGAGGUCAGUGACACAAAGAUCACGUCGCCAACAUUCGGCUUCUACACGGCAGGACGAGCAUCUGCCAUUGACGGGGUCGGCAACAUGAUUGGACCAACGACGGCGAUGCAGCCAAUGACGGUAGCCACGGCAGGCGGUGAUCAGGAGGAUUUGUUUGAAAGGUUGAGGGCGAUUCAGACCGACCUCGUUUCUAGAGCUGAGCAUCAACAAGACUACGUCGACCUACCUGUGGCCUUUGAUGCACACCUCAACCUCCUCUGGCAUAAGCCAAUCACCACAUCCAUGCGCCCGCCGACGGAUGACAGUAAUGCCUCAGCCCCGUCCUUGUUGAAGCCAUACAGGCUACCUUACGAUAGUGGCUACUUCACCCGUCAUCCACUCAUGCCAGGCAACACCAGCGUCGACGGCGACAUCCAUGAAGCCGGCGCUCAACUGUACAUGGACGUUGGGUUGGAUGCUUCGACCAAAAGCCUUUCACUAGGGGCGCGAUGUGAUCGCUCAGCGAUGGACGCGCAGCAGCUCGAAGCAUUUUGCGAUCGAUUUGUGGGCGAGCUGGAGAAGAUUCGUGCGGCUCUGUAA